AAAAAGGGCAGUUGGCUAGGUUUAUAAUUUUGGUGUAAGAGAGAGAGAGAGUAUAUAAGGGAAGCCACGUUUAUUAUAAGUCCGCCUCCUAAAAACCCUCCUCUCUCCUUCUCUCUUAUCUCUCUCUCAUUUUCAAACCUCCAAAACUCCUCAGAAACAUGAGCAACGACAAGGACAACUUCAACCUCGCCGAUCUAACUGACGCUCUUAAAGACGAGGAUCGUAUUGGCCUUAUGCACGCUCUUAAGAACAAGCUCAUGGCUGGUCAGCAUUCUGAUGUGCUCGAGAGUCUGACUCCUCAAGUGAGAAACCGUGUUGAAGCCUUGAAGGAGAUUCAGGGCAAGUAUGAUGAGCUUGAGGCAAAGUUCCGUGCGGAGAGAGCUGUUCUCGAAGCCAAGUAUGAAAUGUUGUAUCAGCCUUUCUAUACCAAGCGUUAUGAGAUUGUGAAUGGAGUUACCGAAGUUGAAACCACUCCAGAGGAUACGAAGAUGGACCAAGAAGGGGAAAAACCUGCAGAAGAGAAAGGGGUUCCAAGUUUCUGGCUGACGGCCUUGAAGAACAAUGAUGUGACUUCCGAGGAGGUCACAGAGCGUGAUGAGGAGGCUCUUAAAUAUCUUAAGGAUAUUAAGUGGUACAAGACUGAAGAGCCUAAAGGAUUCAAACUUGAGUUUUUCUUUGACUCGAACCCCUACUUUAAGAACGCUGUCUUGACAAAGUCUUAUCAUAUGAUUGAUGAAGAUGAGCCACUGCUUGAGAAGGCUAUAGGGACAGAAAUUGAUUGGUAUCCUGGAAAGUGUCUGACUCAGAAGAUUCUUAAGAAGAAGCCUAAGAAAGGUUCAAACUCGAAACCAAUCACCAAAAUGGAAGAUUGUGAAAGCUUCUUCAACUUCUUUAAUCCUCCACAAGUCCCGGAGGAAGAUGAAGAUAUCGACGAGGACAAAGCUGAGGAACUUCAAAAUCUGAUGGAACAAGAUUAUGACAUUGGAUCUGCUAUCCGGGAGAAGAUUAUUCCUCAUGCUGUCUCAUGGUUUACUGGUGAGGCUAUGGAAGGAGAGGAGUUUGAUAUAGAUGAUGAUGAUGAGGAGGAUGAGGAUGAGGAUGAGGAGGAUGACGAAGAUGAGGAUGAGGAUGACGAGGACGAUGAAGAAGACAGGAAGACUAGAAAGAAGCCGUCAAGCGGACACAAGAAGGGAGGCAGAUCUCAGGUGGUUGGUGACGGUCAACAAGGCGAGAGGCCACCCGAAUGCAAGCAACAGUAGUGAUGUCCUACUCUCUACUGAAGGAAAAAAAGCAUGCUUAAAAAAACACAUCUCUGCUCUUUCGCUGUCAUCUCUGGUCAAACACAUCUCUGGUCAUUAAAAAAUCACAUCUCUGCUCUCAUAGGACUUUUUUAUCAUUUAAUUUCUGGUGUUUAUUUUCUUAGAUUCACUCAAGACUUUUCCAUAGUGUUUAUCAAUCAAUGAAUUAUUCCCUCUUUUGUUUCUGCC